GUCCCAGAAUUCGCGCCAUUCCCGUGAAUGACAUGUUCCCUGUCCCGAACUGUGCCGUAAUUCGCAAAAAGAAUUGUCCAGGCUUUAACCGUGUGAGAACUGGAAGGCGAUUAAGUUGACCAAUAGAGAGGCUGCUUUUAUAUCCGAACGUUUCUAUGUUCAAAGUUACCUAUGCCAAGAACAAAAAAUCGGGUAAUACUAAAGUUGAAUGAAUUUUUUCCGAAUCCCCCUCCGUCAACAAAAGGAAACAGAAGUGUGGUUAUAAAUUUUAUCAUUUUGACAAUUGUUUGUCAUAAACUGUCACGAAGUUUAUCACUGACCUGAAGAGACGCUUCUGCGCCAAAGAUGACUGAUUAAUGUACACAGAGACGUCAAGUCAAAUUGUGUUUAACUGGGCUGUACAUGUCAUAAGAGAAGCUGUUUCAUUUCAUCGUAGGCAAAUAAUACAUUUAUUACUAUUCUACAUAGAGUAGCUACCGAAGAGCAGGUAUAGAAGUCAUUUUCUUAGAGCCCCGUGAAUAAUCGUCGGCACCCAGACCAACAUGUGUUUCACCGAUUGUUACAUCGAGCAAGAGAAGAUGGAUCUUUUCAACCUAGUCGGAAAGGCCGUGCUGGGGCUCCACGGAAUGUACGUGUAGGUGCUGAAGAGCAAGUGUUAGAAAACAUGGAAGCGGAUCCUAGGAGAAGUGUCCUCUACGUAGCGCAAAUGAGUGGAUGUUCAAGAUCGACCACUCAUCGUAUCCUUCAAGAGAGAAGACUGCAUCCUUACCAUUACACGAGAGUGCAGCAUCUGCGACCAACCGACUACCCGCGACGAGUACAUUUUACUCAAUGGUUACUGCGACAAAAUGAACUAAAUCCUGAUUUUACACGGCGCAUUCUUUUCACCGACGAAUGUUCAUUUUCCCGAGAAGAAAUGUUUAAUGCACACAAUUGCCAUUUCUGGGCACACGAAAAUCCACAUCUCACUAGGGUGAGAGCAUAUCAGGAGCGAUUUACUAUUAAUCUAUGGGCUGGAAUCAUUGAUACUACUGUGGUGGGGCCGUUUGUGUUACCUGAUCGCCUUAAUGGGGAUGCUAAUUUUCUACGACUAGAGCUUCCGGCAUUGUUGGAAGACGUUCCUUUGAAUAUACGGCGGAAUAUGUGGUUUCAGCACGACGGCGCUCCUCCACAUAAUUCGAUACUUGUACGACGAACAUUGAAAAGAGUAUCGUCAUAGGUGGAUUGGGCGUGGCAGUACUAACAUCUGGCCUCCUAGAUCUCCAGACCUUUCUGCUUUGGACUUUUUUUUUGGAAUCAAAUUAAAAAUUACGUAUAUAGAGAACCCCUAGAUAUGUUAGAAGAACUGAAAGAGAGACUGCACGAAGCCUACGCUACAGUUACUCCUGAGAUGUUAAAUAAUACACAACACAACAUAAUUCGACGAGCUAGAACUUGCAUUGAAGUUAAUGGUGGUCAUUUUGAGCACAUUGUUUAAUAACGUUACAGUACAACGAUUCCAGCCCAUAGAUUAAUAGUAUUGCUCUUGAUAUGCUCUCACGUUAGCGAAAUGUGGAUUUUCGUUUGCCCAGAAGUACCAAUUGUGCGCAUUAAAUAUUCCUUUUCGGGAAAAUCAACAUUCGUCGGCGAAAAGAAUGUGCCGUGAAAAAUCAGGAUUUAGUUCAUUUUGUCGCAGUAACCAUUUACCAACAUGCACUCGUCGCGCAGUCGGCUCGUCGCAGAUGCUGCACUUUCGUCAAUAGUAAGGAUGCAGAUUUUUGUCUGUAAGGAUACGAUGCAUGAUCGAUCUUGAGCAUCCAAUCAUUUGUGCCACUUGUUCUUCACCGUCUAUGCGUAUAAUCCGUGGAGCUCCAGCACGGCUUUCCGAAUAGGCUGGAAAGAUCCAUCUUCUUUUGCUGGAUGCAACAAACGACGAAACACAUGCUGGUCAAGGAGCCGAUGAUUGGGGAAAAGACCUGUAUAUUCGCGCACAGCAGUGGCUGCAUAGCGUGUACAUUCUCCAUAAAUUAACAUCAUUUCCAAAUAUUCUUGAUACUAGUAUGAACAUCAAUAACUUAGUGGUAUUGGUACUGAUUUGUUUAUAGUUUGUAUUGUUCUUAAAAAAAUUGCAACUAAACGAUUUUUGUUAUAAUUUUUAUUCGUAUCUUUUCAAUCUCUAGAAAGUACUCACAACUUUAAAGAAACUGUUUUAAAUCAUCAUGUGCAACAUCAAUAUUAUUCUUGUGUAAGUCUCAGUUUUCAGUAUCUCCCCCACAUGAUUGACACCACAGCAGAUACCUAUGAUCUUAAUACACCAGAGAAGUGGAGUCUCGUCUCUUUUUUCGUUGCUUAGAUUAGGUAUCAACAACAAAGCUGUUCAGUAAAAAUUGAUACUGUUUAUUGAAAAUCAUAAGCACCGAUUAAUCAAAAGCGAUAUUUAUAUUUUAGUACACUUAAUAACGUUCUUUGA